AAAUCAAGCAUUUUAUGCCCGACUCUCUCAUAAUCUCACAACACAGCUGUGAAAGUUCGGUCAAUGAAAAUGAAGCUCCUCAAGCUUUUUCUCGUCGUAUUUUUGCAAAUUUACGCCAAAGCGACGCCCUCCGUGCUAAUCGUGGGCUCUGGACCUGCUGGCAUCGCAGCAGCGACGAGACUCCUCGAACACAACCACAAGAACAUUCGAGUAUUAGAGGCAGAAAACCGAAUCGGGGGCCGAAUUAACAGCGUUUUUUUCGGCCAAGCUUUCGUCGAUUUGGGCGCAGAGUCGUGCCAUGGGCAGAAAGGUAACGUGGUCUAUGACAUGGUCAAAAAUUUGGGCGUUUUGAAACAUGUGGAUGGGCCACGGAGUGUCUACCACUCCUCACGCAAAGAAAUCGUUUUUGGGGACGAGUUGUUGCGAAUUAUUGAUGGGAUUUACGGCCCUGAUGGGCAAAGGGACGAAGAUGAGGGCAAGAGUGUGGGGCAUUACUGCUUGGACAAAUACAACGCCAGCAUUUACGAUAAGUACCGGAACGAUGCGGAGAAAUUUGAAAUUGCGAAAGCGUCCGUUGAUCUCUUCCAUCACAUAGUAUUAAGCUACGAGGGCGCCUUUUCGUGGUUCGAACCCUCGGCCAAGAGCGACUACCGCGAUUGCGAGGGCGACCUCAGCCUGAACUGGAACGGGCUGGGCUACAAGACCGUGCUGGAAGUCAUGAUGAAGAAGUUUCCAAACCCGUCCGAACAACUCCCGUUUGACGAAACAGUAUUACUAAACAAGGAAGUAGUUAAAGUAUUUUGGAACGACAGUUCUAGUCAUAAUGCGGUGACGGUCUACUGCUCGGAUCAUUCGAGUUACACGGCCGAUCAUGUCAUUUUCACUCCUUCGAUUGGAGUGUUGAAGGAGCGGCACGAAACAAUGUUUACGCCACAGUUAUCGGAGGCAAAAAAGGACGCGAUCAAACACAUCGGUUUUGGGGCUGUUAUGAAAAUUGCGAUGUUUUUCAAACACCGGUGGUGGGAAAGCGAGAGGAAUUUUACAGGUUUUCACUUUGUUUGGAGCGAGGGGGACAAAAGUCGCGCUUUUAAGGAGUUUCCAGAAGGGCCACUAAAGGACGGCCACUCCUGGCUCACUGAAUUUUUUUGCGUCGUCCCUGUAGAUCGCAACCCUAAUGUGCUAGUUGGUUGGUUGACGGGUUCAAUGGUUCCCGAAAUUGAGCUAAUGACCAACGAAACACUAAUCGAUGGUUUGGAGUUUGUUCUCAAUAAAUUUCUAGGGCAUAAAUAUAACAUAACCGGGCCUGAUUCCAUAAUUCGUACUUAUUGGCACACAAACCCGCAUUUUCGGGGCAGUUACUCUUAUCAGACCGUCGAAGCUCGCAAAGAUAAAAUCACAGCUGAGAUGGAGUUGGCUAAGCCUGUGCUAAAUCUGGAAGGACGGCCCAUUUUACAGUUUGCAGGAGAGGCCUCACAUCCCUAUUUUUACUCAACUGUGCAUGGGGCCAUCGAGACUGGAUUUAGAGAAGCGGACAGAAUUAUUAAUUCUUACAAAUAGUUAUUUAUUGCACUGUUUUGUAAUGUAAAUAAGACAUUUUUUGUAUUUGUAUUUGUGUUUGUCGGAAGGAAAUAAACGUAAAAUACGAUAGAAA